AUGAUCAAGUACGAAUCUUUCUUUGUAGGUAGUAUUCCAAUAGAAAGUGAUACUCUUCCAACUGAUCUACCUUAUUCACGUCGUGAUCUUGCCGAUCGUAUUGCAGCAUGUAUACAAGAAAAAUUCAAUCAAUUAACUCAUAAUGAUGUACGUCUUCAACGACGAAAAGUUUUAGCUGGUGUUGUUCAAACACGUAAUUAUGAUCUUGAAACAAUGGAAAUUAUUUGUAUAACAACAGGAACAAAGUGUAUUAGUGGUGAUCGUCUUACGCUUAAUGGUCAAUCAUUAAAUGAUUGCCAUGCCGAAAUAAUAGCACGUCGUUGUCUUAUUCGUUAUUUUUAUCAACAAUUAAAAUUACUAAUUGAGGAAAACAAUCAUGAAUCAAUUUUCGAAAAAAUUCCUAAUAGUGAUCGAUUUCGACUUAAAUCAUCGAUAGCUUUUCAUUUAUAUAUUUCUACAUCACCUUGUGGUGAUGGUCGACUUUUUGCACCACAAGAAGUUGCAUCUGAACAAUCAUCAUCGACAACAACAAAUCAAGAUCCAAAUAAUAAACAAAUAGGGCAUUCAUUAAGAAAAUCUCGUGGUUUAUUAAGAACAAAAGUCGAAGCAGGUGAAGGAACUAUACCUGUUAUGGCGAAAAAUUUAUAUCAAAGUAUGCAAACAUGGGAUGGAAUAUUAGGCGGUGAACGACUUUUGACAAUGUCUUGUUCGGAUAAAUUAUGUCGAUGGAAUUUUAUUGGUUUACAAGGUGCCUUGUUAAGUGUAUUAAUCGAACCAAUUUAUUAUACAAGUAUUAUUAUUGGAAGUCUUUAUCAUAGUGAACAUAUUCGAAGAGCAUUAUUUGCUCGUAUUGAAAAUUUAGUUAAAAACAUUCCAGCUCCGUAUGGUUUACGCCGACCGUUCCUAUCGGGUGUUAGUAGUCCAGAAAUGCGAACUACUUCUCGAGCACCGAAUCAUGCUUUUAUAUGGAAUUGUGUUGAUCAAAAAUGUGAAAUUGUUGAUACUUUAAGUGGUCUAACAACUUCUCGUGAAUCAUCGUUUAUAUCAAAAGCAGCCUUAUUUCAACAAUGGUUAACGUUAAUGAAACAGAUUAAAUCAAAUACAAUACCAACUAUCUAUUGUGAUGCUAAACAAUUAGAAGUCAAUUAUCAAACAGCUAAAAUAGAGAUCAAUAAAGCCUUUCAAAAAAGUGGAUUCGGUUUAUGGAUUAUAAAACCACAUGAACAAGAUGAGUUUGAUUUAUCUGCUUGCGAUGCGACAUUACUUUGUCAAAUCAAUCAAUCUAUUCCGCCGUCCAUAGACUAG